AUGACCUUUCCACCACCAGAAUGGAAGAAUAGCGCCAGCUGCUUUGCAAGAAGAUUCGCAGCCCUCAAUGACCGCAAGGCUUGGGACUCAGCAAAGAGCACCAUGGUCGACACUCAACCUGAUUGUGGCGAUGGGCUCUUCGGACCGGUGGUGUUCUCCUCCUGCCGGGGAGGCUUCGACUUCACAUUAUUGUUCGAGCAAAGUAUAUUGACGGUGACUCCCGCGGCAUGCUUUAUUGUACUCGCGAUUCCGCGCCUCGCUGUGUUGGCGAGGAGACCUGACAAGGUCGACCGCACAGCUCUCCAUGGUGCCAAGAUUGCUGCCUCUUUGGCUUUCACGAUAUUGCAACUCGUUGUUCUCACCCUGGUUGCUCAAAGACAAGUUCUAUCGCAGAAAUUCGCCAUAACGGCUGGCGUGCUUGACCUGAUAGUCGGCAUUACUAUCGUGGCAUUGAGCCAUUUCGAGCAUGUCAAAUCCAUCCGGCCUUCAUUCUUGAUAUUUCUAUACUUGUUAUUAUCCCUCCUCUUUGAUGCCGCUUACCUUAGAACUCAGUGGCUGGUAGCUUCUGGCAAAGCGUUGGCCGGGGUCAUGACCGCCUCCCUUGUGGUCAAGAUUGUCCUCUUGGUUUUGGAGUCUAUUGAGAAGAGAGACAUGUUGAAGCAGAGUGAAAAGCGACAAGGCCUUUCCUCCGAGAGUACCAGCGGGCCCAUCACGCGUGGCUUCUUUGCCUGGCUCAAUGGUCUAUUGAGACAGGGGUUUGCCACCUUUCUUACUCCCGAAAGACUUCCCUCUAUAUAUGAGAAGCUGGCGGCCGACAGAGUCCAUUCGCGCUUUGAUGAGGUGUGGAACCAGGCUUCACAACAGCACAAACACUCUCUGUUCUUUGCAGUACUGAGAUGCUUGAAAUGGGAUAUCGCGGCUGUGGUCCCGCCUGGACUGGGCGUCAUCGCAGCAUCCACCGUCCAGCCUUUCCUCAUAUCCAAAGCUGUGCUUUUUGUCGAAAGCCGUGGCGAAGCGGCCAAUCCAAACAAUGGCUACGGCCUAAUCGGAGCUACUGCGCUGAUAUUUAUCACCUAUGCGAUUUGCAGGUCGUGGUUUGAUCACGUCGGCUACAGAGCGACGACAAUGCUUCGCAGCGGGAUGAUCUCCCUGAUCUACCAGAAGAUGAUGGUCCUGCCUCUGGGCAACGUCAGCGAGUCUGGUGCCAUGUCUAUCAUGGGAGCCGACGUCGAAACUCUGGCCGAGACAUUUCACAUGGUCAUUUGCGACACUUGGUCGUCCACCUUGCAACUCGCCAUAGCUAUCUGGCUGCUCGCCAAGCAGAUUGGCGCGGUCUGUAUUGCUCCGCUGAUAGUGUCUGUUGCGUGCACUGGUGUUACCAUGUAUAUGGGGAAAUACAUGACGCUGCGCCAGAAGAAAUGGCUCGAGGCAAUCCAGAAGCGAGUCAACUUUACCACCGAGGUCUUGGGCUCCGUCAAGAGCGUCAAGAUGCUCGGCCUUACCGAUACGAUGUCGAGGAUCAUUUCGACCCUGCGGACUGCCGAAGUCAAAUGCACAAAGAGUUAUCGGUAUAUGUACGGCAUCAAUAUCUGCAUUCGUAAGCAGCCAAACCAAGCCACUCUUGAUCUCGUGCGAGUUGCUAAUGUCCCAUUACUGCUCAUAGUGAACGGCCAGGUGAUAGUCUGUCAGACCCUGACAUUCACCGCGUAUGCCAUCGCAGCCAAGCUCCAAGGCACCAAGUCUCUUUCGGUGAACCAGGCGAUCACUUCGCUGUCCAUUCUCAACCUGGUCGUGUUUCCUCUGGCGGUGUUGAUUGCCGCACUGCCCCGAGUGUUCAGUGCAUUCGGGUGCCUGCACAGGAUCCAAGACUUCUUGAUGCAGGAAUCGCUGCGGGAGCGGAGGACUGCUCUGGAGAAUAGGCGCCAGAGCUCGAGUGAUCUGUCUCUGUUCAACCAAGAUUGUGGGACACAACUCCAGACGAUUCCACGCGAAGAUGAGACCUCGGCCAAGGAAGCUGUCGCGAUCACUCUUAGGCAUUGCAAGCUCGGCUGGACACCGACUUCUUCCACUGAAAGAGGUAUCGAUAUCACGUUCCCUCGCACCGCCGGAGGCUGGCUGGCGAUGGUUGUUGGUCCCGUAGGAUGCGGGAAAUCGACAUUCCUGAAAGGCCUCCUCGGCGAGACAACGCAGCUCGAUGGGGAAAUGCGGAUCUCGAACUUUGACGUGGCGUUCUGCGACCAGUCGGCAUGGAUCAUCAAUGGCACGAUACGGGAGAACAUCAUCGCGCAGUCGGGAUUGUUGGACGAAGAAUGGUACUCGUCGGUAGUCUAUGCUUGCGACCUGGACACCGACUUUCAACAGCUACCUCGAGGAGAUGCAACACUGGUCGGCAGCAAGGGCGUCAAGUUGAGCGGGGGACAAAAGCAGCGCAUUGCCAUUGCCAGGGCGGUCUACUCUCGGAAAAGGAUUGCGAUUUUCGACGAUGUCUUUAGCGCACUCGACAAACUCACGGAGCAAAAGGUAUUCGAUCGCGUCUUCGGCCACAAUGGCCUGCUUCGUCGAGUCAGAUGCACGGUCAUCUUGUCGACGCAUAGUAUAUCACGGCUGCCAGAGGCAGACGCAAUUAUUGCCCUAGGCCCUAAUGGCAAGGUUGUAGAGCAAGGACAUUACAAUGAGCUGAAGAGCUACAGCGGCUACGUUGCAAAUCUGGACGUCUCUACGGCCGGCACACAGAAGUCUGUCGAUGAACCUGAGACUGGCGCCGGGGUCGACACCACACUCGACAAAGUCCUCACGCCAACUACUGAAGCAGAGGAGCAGACUCUCCAAAGGGGAGCCAACGCUUCCGUUUGGCGUUAUUAUGCAGCUUCCUUGGGCUGGGGCCGGAUUUGCCUCUUCGGGGGUUUCCUAGUCCUGAACUCGGGCUCUGGUGCUAUUCGAUACAUCUGGCUUACAUGGUGGGCGGAGGAGAGUCAGGCCAACCCUGAGACUAGUCUUGGGUAUUGGCUUGGUAUGUAUGGGGCUCUUGGCGUCCUCGAGCUUCUUGGCCUUUCCUUGAGCUGCUUUUACAUCUAUUGUUCCGUCAUGCCUAGGUCGUCCAUGAAUCUACAUUCCGUCAUCCUGAACGCGGCCUUGGGUGCACCUAUGUCUUUUCUAUCCAAGACCGAGACGGGACUGCUUGUCAACCGAUUCAGUCAGGAUCUACAACUGGUAGACAAUAUCCUACCUCGAGCAGUCUUGGUUACUGCAUUCCAGGCUGUUGACUCCAUUGCUCAAGCUGGUCUGGCGAUCGCAGCAGUACGAUACAUAGGAAUCUGCUUCCCCUUGCUAUUUGGAAUACUUUACUUCAUUCAGAGAUUCUACCUCCGCACUUCGAAGCAGUUACGUAUCCUGGAGUACGUAGGCCCUAGGUGCAAGGCUCUUGAGCGACAGCUAACCACCAGUCAUCUCAGACUCGAGCUCAAAGCCCCGCUAUAUUCUCACUUUAUCGAGUCUUUGAACGGCCUGGUCACCAUUCGCGCCUUUGGAUGGACCAGCAAAUACUUUCGCCGGACUUUGGAUCUCAUCAACGCGGCUCAGCAGCCGUACUACCUCUUAUUGUGCAUACAGCGGUGGUUGGUUCUGGUACUGGAUCUGAUCGUAGCCAGUCUCGCUGUGCUCCUCACGACUCUUGCCGUCGUUCUGCGUUCCAGGGUGGAUCCGGGCCUGCUGGGACUUUCUCUGGUUAUGAUGAUGACCCUGGGUCACACGCUGGCAUCCCUCGUGCAGUUCUGGACUGAGCUGGAGACCUCUCUCGGGGCUAUCGCGAGGAUCAAGACCUUUCAGGAGGACACGCCAAAUGAGGCCCUCCCAGAUGAGAUUGCCAAUCCCGGGCCGACAUGGCCUGCAAGUGGUGCUUUGAGAUUGGAAAAUUUGUCUUUGAAAUAUAGGCAAGGUUUCAGCGAAACCGCGGCACCAGUAGUGGAUAAUAUCUCCCUCACGAUACAACCUGGACAGAAAGUUGGCCUGGUGGGACGGACUGGAAGGCGCUUGAUGGCCCUCAACAGUGGCAAGAGCUCCCUCGUGCUGUCCCUCCUUAGCAUGAUCGACGUUUCUUCCGGCACCAUCACCCUGGACGGCGCAGACCUGGGAACCAUCCCAAGAGCACUGAUACGGGAGCGCCUGAGCUGUCUGACGCAGGACCCGUUCAUCUUCACCAGCAGCAUCCGGCUCAACGCCGACCCCCUGGGCCAGUCCUCGGACUCGGACAUAGUCGCGGCGCUGCACCGCGUCGGGCUCUGGAGGGUCAUCGAGGGGAAGACGAGGGCGGACCGGGGCGAGGCGGUCGACCCGCUCGACGCGACACUGGACGAGAACUUUCUGUCGCACGGCCAGCGGCAGCUGUUCUGCCUCGCGCGCGCCCUGCUCAAGAGGAGCUCGCUGCUCAUACUGGACGAGCCCACUAGCAGUGUCGAUUCGCAGACCGACGCCCGAAUUCAGCAGCUCCUUCGCUCCGAGCUCCAAGGGUGCACCGUCAUCAUGAUCGCGCAUCGACUCGACAGUCUGCUCGACUUUGAUACCGUCGCCGUGCUGGAGAAGGGCCGGAUUAUCGAGGUCGGCUGUCCCCGAGAUCUCCUGACAUCAGCCGGGAGCGCAUUUGCUCGCAUGUACUACGCCAGUUCGGCACAAGUGGAAGAGAAGGACCUAUCCUGA